AACACAACUAAUCAAUCGAUUGCAUGGAUGGAUGGAUACAAACAAUAACAACCCUUUGUUUUCGCAUACUCUUUCUCUCUCUCACAUUGUAUUCUUCUUCUCUCUUAAUUAGUUUCUCUUAGAUUGUCAUUGCUCAAGAGCACAGAGCUCGUUCUCCUUCGAAAGGCGGAGGCGAGCUCGAUUACAACACCACUUAAUUAAUUGAUUAAUAAUCUUCACAUUGAUAUCGCGUUAACAGAAGAAGAAAUCUGGUGAUGACCUCGGGCCAACACGAAUCAGGCCCACAGGGUCUGCAGAGACGGCCAUCAAGAAGUGCAGCUACAACCACCUUCUCCUUGGAGGUGUUUGAUAAUGAAGUCGUCCCUUCGUCACUUGGUAGCAUUGCUCCCAUCCUCCGUGUUGCCACAGAGGUUGAAGCCGAGCGACCUAGAGUUUCCUAUCUAUGUCGAUUUUAUGCAUUUGAAAAGGCACAUAGAUUGGAUCCAAGCUCUACGGGUAGAGGGGUUAGGCAAUUCAAAACAGCUCUUCUCCAGCGAUUAGAGCGGGAUAAUGCAUCAAGUUUGGCUUCUAGGGUUAAAAAGAGUGAUGCAAGAGAAAUUGAGAGUUUCUAUCAGCAGUAUUAUGAGCAUUAUGUUAGAGCCCUCGACAAAGGGGAGCAAGCUGAUAGAGUUCAACUUGGAAAAGCCUACCAGACAGCCGGAGUACUUUUUGAAGUGCUUUGUGCAGUUAAUAAGACUGAGAAAGUUGAAGAAGUUGCUCCUGAGAUCAUUGCGGCCGCUAAGGAUGUCCAAGAAAAGAAGGAAAUCUAUACUCCAUACAACAUUCUUCCAUUGGAUGCUGCUGGGGCCUCGCAGUCCAUCAUGCAGCUUGAGGAGGUUAAGGCUUCUGUGGCUGCUCUCUGGAACACUCGUGGCUUGACUUGGCCUUCUUCGUUUGAGCAGCAAAGACAAAAAGCAGGAGACUUGGACAUUCUUGAUUGGCUAAGGGCAAUGUUCGGCUUUCAGAAAGACAAUGUCAGGAACCAAAGGGAACAUUUGAUUCUAAUGCUUGCAAAUAGUCAUAUACGACUGGUACCCAAGCCUGAACCCCUUAACAAGCUUGAUGAGCGAGCUGUUGAUGCAGUAAUGAAUAAGCUCUUUAAAAACUACAAAACAUGGUGCAAAUUUUUGGGAAGAAAGCACAGUUUACGGCUUCCCCAAGGACAGCAAGAAGUGCAGCAGAGGAAAAUACUCUAUAUGGGUCUUUAUCUUCUAAUCUGGGGUGAAGCGGCUAAUGUUCGAUUUAUGCCAGAAUGUCUAUGUUACAUAUUCCACAAUAUGGCAUAUGAACUUCAUGGUUUAUUAGCUGGAAAUGUUAGCAUUGUGACUGGAGAAAAUAUAAAACCUUCAUAUGGUGGGGAGGAUGAAGCUUUCCUGAGAAAGGUUAUCACACCACUUUAUCGUGUUAUUGAUCAGGAAGCCCAGAAAAGCAAAAAUGGAAAAGCCCCUCAUUCUGCCUGGUGUAACUACGAUGAUCUGAAUGAAUAUUUCUGGUCGUCUGAUUGCUUCUCUUUGGGUUGGCCAAUGCGUGAUGAUGGUGAUUUCUUCAAAUCAACGCGAGGCCUGACACAGGUAAUUCUUUGUAAAUAUUUUGUUUCUUAUCAUAUUGUUACAUCUUUGGCAAUUUGCAUAACACUUUCGAAACUACUAUUCCAGGGUAAACAAGGAAGUAAAAGGAAACCUGAAAAUACUGGAAAAUCUUAUUUUGUCGAGACUAGAACAUUUUGGCACAUCUUUCGCAGCUUUGACCGUAUGUGGACCUUUUAUGUGCUAGCACUGCAGGCUAUGAUAAUUGUUGCAUGGAAUGGUGAUUCACCAUUGGAUCUAUUUCGUAAGGAUAUCCUGUAUACUGUCUCUAGUAUCUUCAUCACAGCGGCUUUCUUGCGCUUCCUACAAAGUGUACUGGACUUUGUUUUGAACUUCCCUGGGUACCAUAGGUGGAAGUUCACUGAUGUUCUGAGAAACCUUCUCAAGAUAGUAGUUAGUGUUGCAUGGGCUGUUAUUCUUCCACUGUGCUACAUUCAAUCCUCAGCAUCCGCGCCUGAAAAAAUUAGGGAAUUGCUGAAGUGGUUUCGUCAAGUGAAGGGAAUACCACCUCUAUAUAUCAUGGCUGUGGCUUUGUACUUGCUUCCCAAUUUACUAGCAGCUAUUUUGUUCAUAUUUCCCAUGCUUCGGAGGUGGAUUGAAAAUUCAGACUGGCAUAUCAUAAGAUUUCUGUUAUGGUGGUCACAGCCAAGAAUAUAUGUUGGAAGGGGAAUGCAUGAAAGUCAGUUUGCCCUUAUCAAGUAUACUCUUUUCUGGGUGCUGCUUCUGUGCUCCAAAUUAGCAUUCAGUUACUACAUCCAGAUUAAGACAUUGGUGAAGCCAACUAAAGCUAUUAUGAAUGUUCGCCAUGUUCAAUACGAGUGGCAUGAAUUUUUCCCUGACGCUACACACAAUUAUGGUGCAAUUGUUGCUCUGUGGGCUCCAGUGAUUCUGGUUUAUUUUAUGGACACUCAGAUUUGGUACGCUAUUUUCUCAACCUUGUGUGGUGGGUUCUCUGGAGCUUUUGAUCGUCUCGGAGAGAUAAGGACUCUGGGCAUGCUAAGAUCACGUUUUCAAUCUUUACCUGGAGCCUUCAACGAAUGUUUGGUCCCUUCUGAUGAUACCCGGAAAAGAGGGUUUUCUUUCUCGAAGAAAUUUGCUGAGGUAUCGGCAAGCAGGAGAACUGAAGCUGCUAAGUUUGCUCAGUUAUGGAACGAAGUUAUUUGCAGUUUCAGGGAAGAAGACCUAAUAAGUGAUAGGGAAAUGGAUCUGUUGCUUGUGCCUUAUACAUCUGAUCCGAGCCUAAAUUUAAUUCAGUGGCCCCCGUUCUUGCUUGCUAGCAAGAUCCCAAUAGCAUUAGAUAUGGCAGCCCAAUUUCGAACCCGGGAUUCUGAUCUCUGGAAACGCAUAUGCGCCGAUGAAUAUAUGAAAUGCGCUGUGAUUGAAUGCUACGAGUCAUUUAAACUGAUUCUGAAUGUUCUAGUCGUGGGGGAAAAUGAGAAAAGGAUAAUUGGCAUCAUUAUCAAAGAAAUUGAAGGCAACAUUCGGAAGAAUACAUUUCUUGCAAAUUUCAGAAUGAAGCCUCUACCUACCCUUUGCAACAAAUUUGUGGAGCUUGUCAAUAUCUUGAAAGAGGGUGAUCAAUCUAAACGAGAUACUGUAGUAUUACUUCUGCAGGACAUGUUAGAAGUAGUGACCCAUGACAUGAUGGUUAAUGAGAUUCGUGAAUUGGUAGAGCUUGGACACGGCACUAAGGAUUCCGUCCCACGAAGACAACUUUUUGCUGGUACUGACCCAAAACCUGCUAUCGUGUUCCCUCCUGUUGCUACAGCGCAGUGGGAAGAACAGAUAAGGCGUCUCCACCUCCUUUUGACGGUUAAAGAAUCUGCGGUGAACGUGCCAACAAACCUCGAAGCACGUAGGAGGAUUGCUUUCUUCACAAACUCCUUAUUCAUGGACAUGCCACGUGCUCCACGAGUUCGUAAAAUGCUCUCAUUCAGUGUUAUGACUCCAUACUACAGUGAGGAGACAGUCUAUUCUAAGAGUGAGCUUGAGCAAGAGAAUGAAGAUGGUGUAUCAAUUGUGUUUUACCUGCAAAAAAUCUUCCCAGAUGAAUGGAACAACUUCAUGGAGAGGCUCAACUGUAAAAAAUCAAGUGAGGUUUGGGGAAAUGAAGAGAACAUCUUGCAUCUCCGUCAUUGGGUCUCCCUAAGAGGACAAACACUAUGCAGAACGGUUAGAGGAAUGAUGUACUAUAGGAGGGCUUUGAAGCUUCAAGCUUUCCUCGAUAUGGCUACAGAGAGGGAGAUCUUAGAAGGAUACAAGGCAGUUACUGUUCCUUCGGAGGAAGACAAGAAGAGUCAAAGGUCUCUCUAUGCUCAACUGGAGGCUGUAGCUGAUAUGAAAUUUACGUAUGUCGCAACCUGUCAAAAUUAUGGAAAUCAGAAGCGAAGUGGUGAUCGCCGUGCUACAGACAUUCUGAACUUGAUGGUUAAUAAUCCAUCUCUUCGUGUAGCGUAUAUUGAUGAAGUAGAAGAGAGUGAAGGUGGCCGUGUACAGAAGGUCUACUAUUCUGUAUUGAUCAAAGCUGUUGACAACUUGGACCAGGAAAUCUACCGCAUAAAGUUGCCAGGGGCAGCAAAGAUAGGGGAAGGGAAGCCUGAAAAUCAAAACCAUGCUAUAAUAUUUACUCGAGGUGAAGCCCUUCAAACCAUUGACAUGAACCAGGACAAUUAUUUGGAAGAAGCUUUCAAAAUGCGUAACCUUUUGGAAGAAUUCAAUGAGGAUCAUGGAAUCCGGCCACCUACAAUUUUGGGUGUUCGUGAACAUAUCUUUACUGGAAGUGUUUCUUCUUUGGCCUGGUUUAUGUCAAAUCAGGAAACAAGCUUUGUCACCAUUGGUCAAAGAGUUCUUGCAAGACCCUUAAAGGUUCGAUUCCAUUAUGGUCAUCCCGAUGUAUUCGACAGAAUUUUUCACAUUACUAGAGGUGGCAUUAGCAAGGCUUCUCGUGGUAUUAAUUUGAGUGAAGACAUAUUUGCUGGUUUCAACUCAACUUUACGGCGUGGGAACGUCACUCACCACGAGUACAUUCAGGUCGGAAAAGGACGAGAUGUUGGUUUUAACCAAAUAUCCCUCUUUGAAGCAAAAGUUGCUUGUGGUAAUGGAGAGCAAAUACUAAGCAGGGAUAUCUAUCGGUUGGGACAUAGAUUUGACAUGUUCCGCAUGCUAUCCUGCUACUUCACGACAGUUGGAUUUUACGUCAGCUCAAUGAUGGUUGUCCUUGUAGUUUAUGUUUUCUUGUACGGAAAACUUUACUUGUCAUUGAGUGGUUUGGAGCAGUCGAUUAUGAAAUUUGCAAAGGCGAAGGGAGACGAUCCUCUGCAGGCGGCAAUGGCAUCACAAUCUCUCGUUCAGAUAGGUUUCUUGAUGGCCUUACCCAUGGUCAUGGAAAUUGGACUCGAGAGAGGGUUUAGGACUGCAAUGAGUGACAUAAUUAUUAUGCAGCUUCAGCUGGCAGCCGUCUUUUUCACGUUUUCUCUUGGAACAAAGACCCAUUAUUUUGGACGUACAGUGUUGCACGGUGGAGCAAAGUAUAGAGCCACUGGACGUGGUUUUGUUGUCCGCCACGAGAAAUUUGCUGAGAACUACAGGAUGUAUUCAAGGAGUCAUUUUGUGAAGGGACUGGAACUGAUGGUAUUGCUGAUUGCUUACCGGAUAUAUGGCGCUGCCACUCCUGACUCUCGAUCUUAUGCACUCUACACUUUCUCUAUCUGGUUCUUGGUGAUAUCUUGGCUGUUUGGACCAUUCCUUUUUAACCCUUCGGGCUUUGAGUGGCAGAAGAUAGUUGAAGAUUGGGACGACUGGUCAAAGUGGAUAAACAGCAGGGGGGGUAUUGGUGUUCCAGCAAGCAAGAGCUGGGAGUCGUGGUGGGAAGAGGAACAGGAGCACCUCCAAUCCACUGGGUUUUUUGGGAGGUUCUGGGAGAUUGUUCUUUCCUUCCGUUUCUUCCUCUACCAGUACGGGAUUGUUUAUCAUCUACAUGUUGCCAAUGGAAAUAAAAGCAUUAUCGUUUAUGGUCUCUCUUGGCUGGUCAUUGUGGCUGUUAUGAUCAUUUUGAAGAUAGUGUCAAUGGGUAGAAAGAAGUUCAGCGCAGAUUUUCAGCUAAUGUUCAGACUGUUGAAGUUGUUUUUGUUCAUUGGAGCCAUUGUGACACUUGGAAUCCUGUUUACGUUACUCAAUCUCACUGUUGGAGACAUCUUCGCUAGCCUUUUGGCCUUCAUGCCAACUGGCUGGGCUUUAUUACAGAUAUCUCAAGCAUGCAAGCCUGUGAUGAAGGGACUAGGGCUAUGGAGCUCCAUCAAAGCUCUAGCAAGAGGGUACGAGUACGUUAUGGGACUCAUUAUCUUUUCUCCCGUAGCAAUUCUGGCCUGGUUCCCAUUUGUAUCUGAAUUCCAGACAAGGUUGCUCUUCAACCAAGCUUUUAGCCGAGGCCUUCAGAUUUCACGUAUUCUGGCUGGUGGGAAGAAACAGAACUAAAACAUUAUGCCCCAUUUAUUACCAAGUACUACACUUGCUGAUCCUCACCUCAGAGAGGAAAAAAUUGAAAGACAUCUUAAGAUGGAUAGUCAGUGAGCAGUAAAAAGGAAAGAUGGCAGCAUGCAUAUCUACACUGACGUAAAAAGAGACAGAGAGAGAGGAAUAGAUAUUUUAGACUCUUGCAUUGGUUGUAUUUCCGGCAUUGAAUAAACAUGAUUGUACGAUGUAAUAAUGAUAAAUUAGAAAAAUAACAAACCUUAAAUUUUAAUCAUAUGCGUUCUCCGCAGUAUCCAGUUAGUUCCUAUGUGAUGCAAGAUUAUAUUUCUCCUUCUUUAGAGGGAAUUCUUAUCCCAAUUGGUCGGAGUUCUUAA